ACAGAAACAGAAAAUCUGUUAAUCUGAAAAAAUUUAACAUUUGAGCAAGUGUCCAAAAAACAAUACAUGAAAGUUACAAUUAAAGAAUUUUAAUUUACAAAAGAGGACACCAAAACAGUUAUUAUGAUUAUGGUGCAACAUUUGGUGACACCGAAUCCCCAUUCGUAUGUCAGUCAGGCCUUAUCGGGCUCAGUAGAAUCUGCGUCCGCCACAACAUUGGCCGCAACGAAUGCAAGUGUGACCGCAAUGUCAACACCGGGUACUUCACCAACACCAGCCGAACUAGCACAGCAAAGCACUACUCCAGCACCAGUGCCAGCAACAACACCAACACCACCGCCGCCCACUCAAAACACACCAACCAUCACACCAACAGCAACAACAACAACAAUCAUAGCAACUGCAAUGCAUGGCAGUGUAAGUGCAAUUGCUGAUAAGGUGCAGACUCAGAUUCAAACUCAGACUCAGACUAAACUUAACUGUGCAAUAAGUGCAAGUAAUGCGUCGUCCCCUUAUCCGACAAGAGACUACGAGCACAACAGCAACAGCUACCAUAGCUGGAGUAAUAAUACAAUGGAUGAAGUGAAUGCUAGCAAAGAACUGCCACGUGCCAUAGACUUUAAAGGAUCCUUAACUCACAUUGAGCCAGCCGCAAAUCUAAAUAUAAGUUCACAUACAAGUGAAAGCAACAACAACAACAACAAUAAUAAUAAUAAUAACAAUAUCAUUAAUAACAACAACAAUGAUGAGGAUGUUGAUGUUGAGGAGCAUUACAAGAACAAAUCCACUGUGACGGCAAAUUGUCGGGAAGAGUUUGCUGUACUCUAUAAUCAUCUACGACAACACAAACCCGCGGUGGAUAAUACGAAUAUGCAAAAUAAUGUAAAUAAAUAUGACACAGUGCAGCUCAAACGACAUUUGGAGACAAAAGAAGAAGUACAACGUCAACAACAACAACAGCUCCAACAACAGAACCGUCAUACUGUCAUCACGAGCAAAGAUUAUGCGGAACAGACUUCCAUUAGUGCGGAAGAUAGUGACGAACUUGAUAUCGAUAGCAUCGAAAUACAUGACAAGUGCAAUAGUAGCAGCAAUAUGGAAGAUAAUGGCAUAGAGGAUGCACCAACAGAAAGUUAUCAUACCGAUGAGGAAGAGGAAGACGAUGAUGUGCCCCUGGAUUUAUCAUUGAGCGCCACCAUCACAAGAACAGCUGUAGUCAAACGCAAUCGUAACAGAAAUCGUACCUACUCCGGCACAGAUUCGGAUGACUCCAGUUCCGGUGUGGUUGAGGAGGACACAAAUCAGCUGAAGCCCGAAGAACGCGCCGCAUAUAAAAAGAGCUUAAUGAAGCGUUAUUAUACAGAAAUUCCAGUAAUCAAGCAAUCAACCAGCCCGGCACCUCACUUGCAACACCAUCAACAUCCGCAACAACACAAUCCGACAUCGUUUUCUGGUUCUGCUGCAAUAAUUAACAUUAAAUCGGAACAAAAUGUUGCACAUUCAACGCAACAUUCGCAACAUGUUGUGCAUAUGCAACAUGGCAGUGGAACCGGAGGAACGGCAAACAACCUGCAACCGCUGGCUAUUCCACACAGACCGUUGCUGCAUAAUUUACUUAGCGGUGGUCCAAUACACAACGCUCAUCACAGAAACUACAAUACUGCAACCACAGGCUCAUUUCCCCCAAGUCCCGCUGACAGUGGCGUUUCCGAUGUAGAUAGCUCGAGUUCUGGUGGACAACCAUGUAGUGAUGAAGUCAAAGCAAGGCUGGGGCUACCACCGCAUUGUCCUCCGCAUUCAACGCAUAUGGCAUCCGGCACGUUCUUGCAUCCAAAUCUCUACCAAAACUCUUCGUCAUUGCGUAACAUAUGGAACCGUAGUGUUGGAAUGCCAGAAAGCUAUUAUCACACACUCAACUCCAAUGGUAACGCUCUCAAUAAUGGCGGAAAUGUUGGUAACAAUGGUGGAGGUGCGAGCAAUGCUCCUGUGAAUGGUCUCACAAGUAACGGUGCAUAUGGAACAUCGCCGUACUUUACAACACCUUCGCCACCACGCACAAGCGGCAAUUUAAACAAUCACCAUCCACUACAUCAUCAACAGCAUUCUCUGCAUCACCUACAGCAUUCCAAUGUUUCCAAUAGCAGUGUAGGCUCCACGAGCGGUGGUGGCCUAUCUGCCAGCGGAGUACUACACCAGCAAAGUGUGAUACAACCAGCAACGUCAAGCGUCAAUUAUGAUCUCUCCUACAUGCUAGAAUUGGGCGGCUUCGCACAUCAGCGCAAAGUGAAAAAACCGCGUAAACCAAAAAUAGAAAUGGGUGUCAAGAGACGCAGUAGAGAGGGUUCCACAACAUAUCUAUGGGAAUUUUUACUUAAACUGCUGCAAGAUCGUGAAUAUUGUCCGCGUUUUAUUAAAUGGACCAACCGGGAGAAGGGUGUAUUUAAAUUGGUAGACUCAAAAGCCGUUUCGCGUUUAUGGGGCAUGCAUAAAAACAAACCCGACAUGAACUACGAAACAAUGGGGCGUGCACUACGCUACUACUACCAGCGGGGCAUAUUGGCUAAAGUUGAUGGUCAGAGAUUGGUCUAUCAAUUCGUAGAUGUACCAAAGGAUAUAAUAGAAAUCGAUUGUAACGGCGUGUAAACCAACUUACCAAACUGCAUUCACACAAACUUACAACAGUCAAACAAAAACGUAAACGUCUUGAGCCCCCAAGUUCUUCGAACGUUAGCAGUAUAGCAGUCGUAAGCCCCUCCCCCACAAAUAAUGUACAAAGCCGUUAGGUAAAUAUGCAACGAACGCAUAUAUCCGCUACACAUUAUCACAUUUAGUUUUGUGCUGAAUUACAGGGACAUUGAGGAAUACGAGUACAGUCGUUAAAAGCUCGGAUUCAAUCAAUCGGCUCAUUAAUAAUGUAAGGCAUGAAAUUUUGUGCACACACACACACACAUUUACUCACAAACGCCCGUAAAUAUGUGCAAUCUAACUGUUACUCUUACUGUUACUGUUAAUGAAACUAAACGUACGUACAUGUGUGUGUGUGUGUGUGUGUGUGUGUAAGCGUGUGAUUACCGAAUACGCUGAAAGCGAAGUUAAAUGAAGGAUUUCAAAUUAUUUACAUACUCUUCUAUGUGUACUCGUAUGUGUGUAUAUGUAUUAGUAUUUUGUAUGUAAUGUUGUAUAGCAGAAUUUUUUUGUAAAUGUUGAUUUUUUCUAAGUGAAAAUCUAUGAAAUUAAUUUGUAUAUUUAGUUAAGAUACCAUUAGGCUAAGGGAAUGUUGGAUAUAGUGUUGUAAUAUUGUAAU